GUGCCUCCCCCUGCCGGGCACCUGGAGGCCUGUGUAUGACCAGCACUGGGUAGCCCGAUACCUUGAGUGUUGUUGGCAGGACCCCUGUUCCACGCUGCUUCCUGCCAGCAUCUCUGACGUGUGCCCGGAGGGAUGAGUGUGCCAGCUCUCGGUCCAGUGCCCGCUCCUGAGGUGACGCCUGCUGAUUCCCGACUGGCUCCUGGUUUUCCUCUGCACGUUGCUCUCUGGUUGGAUAGCUGCUGCCCGGGAAAGGUGACCCGGGCGCCCUGCUAGGGCGACGGCCCCUGCCCCACGGGCCAGGAUCAUGAAAGGCCUCGGUGACAGCCGCCCCCGCCACCUCUCAGACAGCCUGGACCCACCACAUGAGCCCCUGUUCACAGGGCCUGACCGUAACCCUUACCUGCUAUCGCCCACAGAGGCCUUUGCCCGCGAAGCUCGCUUCCCAGGGCAGAACACUCUGCCAGGGGAUGGCCUUUUCCCACUCAACAACCAGCUGCCACCCCCCAGCAGCACCUUCCCCCGCAUCCACUACAACUCCCACUUCGAGGUGCCAGAGGAGAGCCCCUUCCCCAGCCAUGCCCAGGCCACCAAGAUCAACCGGCUGCCUGCCAAUCUCCUGGACCAGUUUGAGAAGCAGCUGCCCAUUCACCGAGAUGGCUUCAGCACUCUCCAGUUCCCCCGUGGCGAGGCUAAGACCCGCGGUGAAAGCCCCGGCCGCAUCCGUCACCUGGUCCACUCAGUGCAGCGGCUCUUCUUCACCAAGGCACCCUCACUGGAGGGCACAACGGGCAAGGUCGGUGGCAAUGGCAGCAAGAAAGGUGGCCUGGAGGACGGCAAGGGCCGGAGGGCCAAGAGCAAGGAGCGGGCCAAGGCCGGGGAGCCUAAACGGCGCAGCCGCUCCAACAUCUCAGGCUGGUGGAGCUCUGAUGACAACUUGGAUGGGGAAGGUGGCGCCUUCCGCAGUAGUGGUCCGGCCUCUGGGCUGAUGACCCUCGGGCGCCAGGCAGAACGCAGCCAGCCGCGCUACUUCAUGCACGCCUACAACACCAUCAGCGGACACAUGCUCAAAGCCGCCAAGAACAACACCACUGAGCUGACCGCCCCACCACCCCCGCCCGCACCCCCUGCUGCCUGCCCCAGCCUUGGGGUGGGUACUGACACCAACUAUGUCAAACGGGGCUCCUGGUCCACUCUGACCCUCAGCCAUGCCCACGAAGUCUGCCAGAAGACCUCGGCCACCUUGGAUAAGAGCCUGCUAAAGUCCAAGUCCUGCCACCAGGGUCUAGCCUACCAUUACCUGCAGGUGCCCGGCGGCGGCGGCGAGUGGAGCACCGCGCUGUUGUCCCCGCGCGAGGCGGACGCCUCGGCCGAGGGGCCCAUCCCAUGCCGGCGCAUGCGCAGCGGCAGCUAUAUCAAGGCUAUGGGCGACGAGGACAGUGACGAGUCCGGAGGCAGCCCCAAGCCCUCACCCAAGACCGCGGCGCGGCGCCAGAGCUACUUGAGGGCCACGCAGCAGUCGCUCGGAGAGCAGAGCAACCCCCGCAGGAGUCUGGACCGCCUGGAUUCAGUGGACAUGCUUCUACCCUCCAAGUGUCCAAGCUGGGAGGAGGACUACAACCCCAUAAGCGACAGCCUCAACGACUCCAGCUGCAUCAGCCAGAUUUUUGGACAGGCCUCCCUGAUCCCCCAGUUGUUUGGCCAUGAGCAGCAGGUACGGGAGGCAGAUCUGAGCGACCAGUAUGAGGCAGCCUGCGAGUCGGCCUGCAGUGAAGCAGAGUCGGCAGCAGCAGAGGCUCUUGACUUGCCACUGCCCAGCUACUUCCGCUCCCGCAGCCACAGCUACCUGCGGGCCAUCCAAGCGGGCUGCUCGCAGGAGGAGGACAGUGUCUCCCUGCAGUCUCUCUCCCCACCGCCCAGUACCGGCAGCCUCAGCAACAGCCGCACGCUUCCAAGUUCAUCAUGUCUAGUGGCGUAUAAGAAGACUCCGCCACCAGUCCCUCCGCGCACCACAUCAAAGCCGUUCAUCUCAGUCACAGUUCAGAGCAGUACUGAGUCUGCCCAGGACACCUACCUGGACAGCCAAGACCACAAGAGUGAAGUGACGAGCCAGUCAGGCCUGAGCAACUCGUCAGACAGCCUGGACAGCAGUACCCGACCGCCCAGCGUGACACGGGGUGGAGUUGCCACAGCCCCUGAGGCCCCUGAGCCACCCCCAAAACAUGCAGCUUUGAAGAGUGACCAAGGGACACUGACCAGCUCCGAGUCCCACCCUGAGGCCGUCCCUAAAAGGAAACUGUCAUCAAUAGGAGUACAAGAGAGGACUAGAAGGAACGGUUCCCACCUCUCGGAGGACAACGGACCCAAAGCGAUCGAUGUGAUGGCACCCUCCUCAGAAAGCAGCGCCCCCUCCCACGGCAUGUCCUCCCGACGGGACACCGACUCGGAUACCCAGGAUGCCAAUGACUCGAGCUGUAAGUCAUCUGAGAGGAGCCUCCCAGACUGUACCCCACACCCCAACUCCAUCAGCAUCGACGCUGGCCCUCGGCAGACCCCCAAGAUUGCCCAGAUCAAGCGCAACCUCUCCUAUGGAGACAACAGCGACCCUGCCCUAGAGGCGUCCUCGCUGCCCCCACCUGACCCCUGGCUUGAAACGACCUCCAGCUCCCCAGCAGAGCCAGCACAGCCAGGGGCCUGCCGCCGAGAUGGCUACUGGUUUUUGAAGCUACUUCAGGCUGAGACGGAGCGGCUGGAAGGCUGGUGCUGCCAGAUGGACAAGGAGACCAAAGAGAACAACCUCUCUGAAGAAGUCUUAGGAAAAGUUCUCAGUGCUGUGGGCAGUGCUCAGCUACUGAUGUCCCAGAAGUUCCAGCAGUUCCGGGGCCUCUGUGAGCAAAACUUGAACCCCGAUGCCAACCCACGUCCCACAGCCCAGGACCUGGCAGGGUUCUGGGACCUGCUACAGCUGUCCAUUGAGGACAUCAGCAUGAAGUUUGAUGAACUCUACCACCUCAAGGCCAACAGCUGGCAGCUGGUGGAGACCCCCGAGAAGAGGAAGGAAGAGAAGAAACCACCCCCACCAGUCCCAAAGAAGCCAGCUAAAUCCAAGCCGGCAGUGAGUCGUGACAAAGCCUCAGACGCUGGGGACAAGCAGCGCCAGGAGGCCCGCAAGAGACUCCUGGCGGCCAAGCGGGCAGCUUCUGUGCGACAGAACUCAGCCACAGAGAGUGCAGACAGCAUUGAGAUUUAUGUCCCCGAGGCCCAGACCCGGCUCUGAGACCGUGAAGGAGGAAGGAAACAAUUUUUAAGUCAUUAAAAAAAAAACCACAGAAAAACUAAAUGCAAAUGGAACAAAAUUUUCUCAACCAUUAGUAUGAUGAUUCUGUCUAGAGACCCUGAGCCAACUUUCAAAUUGAUGCAUACAAGGGCUCACAAUUUGGCUUUUUUGGGGUCCCUCCCAGCUUUAGGUUAUGAAGACUUCACACACACACAAAUCAACAAGAAACAUGAAACUUUUUUUUCUUCUUGCUGGCCGUGGUGACUAGAUAGAUGGACUCUGGCAACUCCCCGGCCCAGACUGCGGUCUUUUUACUUGUUCUAUCUAAUGAGAACUUAAACUGGCUUGUUUACAAGAUGACGACAGUCCAAGGGCAGCCUUGGGCACCUGCCAUGUCCUUCCUUUUCCCAGCUACUCCCGCUAUGACCUUGGAUUUUUCAUUCUUCGGUUUCUCUCUUAUCCCUUCAGAGCUCACACAGGGGUCACCAUCCUAACUAGUGGCUUUCUGGUUCUCAGCCCCUUUUGUGGUUGGGGGCAGACAGACAAGCACCCCCACCUCCCUCGCCAAGUGCUCACACACACUCUCACACACACAGACGUAGGUUCCUUCUCAUGGGCCCAGCGCUGCCCACUGCCAUCCUCCAGCCCUUGGCAGUGGCAGGCGGGUGACAUGCCUCUAAAGCAGAUGAGGAAGGUUUAAAAAUAAGUCCUUGGAGGGAAAGAGGGAGAAAAGCCACAGUUAUCACAUCCUAGGUUCUUACCUUUUCUUCUCUCCAGCCUCUUCCUUCAGUAAAAGAAAACGUAUAAGCAGGGUACACUCAAGAGAGGGACCUCAUUUUCUGAGGCUUGUCUGUCCUUGGCCGAGCCUGUGUACAGUCCCCCAAGGGGCAGGGCAGCUGUGUCUGUACGUAUGUGUACAUAUGCACAUAGACCCUUAGAGUGUAUAUUUAACAAAUGCCCAUCUGCUCACCCAUGCCCACCAGCACCGCCGCUGUCUCUCCGGGCACCCGGCAGGAGGUGGGUGUGUGAAUAGCAUAUAUUUUUACAUGUACUAUAUCUAGGUGUGUGUAAAAGUGUGUGUAAAAAUAUAUACCUUGUGUGUAAGCAGCCCUUUUUUGUUUUUGGUCUUCCACCUUGCCUCUUUUCCCAUGGGCUCAUCUGCCCAGUCUGUUUUCUUUGUUCUUUUUUUCAUUUUUACCCCAAUCCUCCUCGUCUCUCCUGCCCCUCACUCCCACUCCCAGGGUGUCAUGAGCCCUGAGCUGCAAUGGCCCGGGUCUGCAGGGUAGGGUGGGGAAGUCAAGGGCAGGCCAACGGCACAGGGGCCAAGCUCGGCUGCAAGCUCAGCACGCGAGGGGCUGCUCUAUACUGUGUAUAUGACUAUGGCAUUGGAGACAUCCUCUUGUCCGGCGCUUGCUGCAGGGGCCCCAGGUGAACGAAGGACCUGCUCUGGGACUGCCCUUGGGGCCCCAUUCCAGCUUGGCCACCGUCUGUGACCUUGGGCAAGUCACUUGACCUCUGUGUGCCUCAACUUCCUCCUCUGUAAAACGGGGACAGUCCCUGCCCCUCCCUACCUCACAGGCAUGUUGUGAGAAUAAAUGAGGUAAUGUGUAC